AUGCCACCAAUUCGCGCCCAAUCGUCUCGAAAUUCUGCCGGAAAAGAGGGUAGGAUCUUAUUAGCCGUUAAAGAUAUCAAAGAUGGCCGUAUCAACUCUCUCCGCGCAGCAGCAAAGCUAUACGAUAUCCCCUAUAUAACGCUGGCUACGUGCGUCAAUGGUGUACAAUCACGCGUCGAUAUACGUCCAAAUGGCCAUAAACUGACACAAUUAGAAGAGGAUUCACUUGUUGAAUGGAUAAUCUCUAUGGAUACACGUGGAGCAGCGCCUAGGCCAGCUACUGUACGAGAGAUGGCUAAUAUACUACUAGCUGUGCGUGGUAGCUACCCUCCACCAACAGUUGGUAAAAAUUGGCCAUCAAGCUUUAUAAAUCGACGCGAAGAGAUUCGAUUAUGCUUCUCUAGGUGUUAUGACUAUUAA